AAACAGAGGGCUGACCCUUCGGUCUAUUGGGCACCAAGUCGAGGUGAAAGGGAAAGGACGACCGAAACAGCAAAGGACAGGUCGUGAGAUUUGAUCUUGCUCACCUUUCACCAUGGACCCCCUAUCAGCUUUCGAACUUGCCCAAGUGGUCCUCGACAACACCGUCAGGCUCUUCAAAUUUGUGUCCGCCCUCGUCGAAUACCCCGAAGAGUGUGAGAAACACCGACUGCAGCUCAUAAUCGAAUACAAUCGAGUCCUCGCCUGGGCCAAAGCCGCCGGGCUCAUCGAAGUCGCCCCAGGCUCCUCACUAGUCUCAACCUUGGGAACGAAUGCCACCGAGCUGAUCACCAUCCUUGCUCGAAUCCAAUGGCUUUUGGCCGAGUUUAGGGAUUUGAACGCCAGGUAUGGAAAUGAGCUUGUGCCAUCAGGCAUAUCUCCUGCAAAAGAGAAGGAGAAGGAUAGCAAGGAGAACAAGGACGUCAAGGGCAACAGCAAGGACGUCAAGGGCAGUGGCAAGGACAGCAAGGAUCCCAAGGGUGCGAGUGGCGCCUCCUCGUCCAAAGAAAAGUCAACCUCCGCAGAACCAAAGCCAGCAACCGACCAAGCCCUCCUCUCCCAAAUCUCAUCCCUGGCUCUGUCCUAUGACCAAUCCCAAAAAGAGCAGAAGCUCAAAAUCGAAGUAGAGGAAGAAGCCGAACACCGCCGCGGAACCAACCACAUCCGCCGCUUCUUCCGGACCACCAAGGACGUGGUCACCCACCCCUCCCGCGUGCGGUGGGUGAUGGUCGACAAGGAAGCCUUUGAGGCUCUGCUUUUGGAUUUGCACUCCCUGACCGAGAGACUGCACGAGCUGAUGCGUGGUUACCAGCAGUCCAAGAUGGACGACAUCAUCGGCAAGACUUACCGGGAGAUGAUCCUGGCGAGAGAUGGGAUCGGUGAGUUGAGGGAUAUGGUGGAUGUGCUGGGAAAGAUGAUGGAAGGGAUGGGGGUGGUGACUGAUGGGGAAGGAUUGGUGGGGAGAAAAAAGAAGAUGGUGAAUGAUGUGCAGGAUUUGGUGAGGUUGAAGAAGAUGGCGAGAGUAUCGGAGGAGUUGCUUUCGAGGCUUCACCUUGGACAGGAUCCGGCGACGUCAGGGUUGGAGGCGAGUGAUACGGAGAUCACGGUUGUCCAGUUUGGCGACCCGGAAAAAGGCAAGAAAGACUUGGGGCUGUCCUUUGAACCGCAGGACGUCGGGCAUAAUCCCUAUGACGCGCCAAGUUACGUCGAUAUCAUUCAUUACAACCGGCCACAUGGGUACCUCUUCGUGGACCCCGGGGUGGAAGUUCCGGUCUGGAUUGAGUGGAAGCCCAUGGGGAAUCAUGCGGAGGGCUCGAUUGAAGAGAAAGUUGCCGAUUUGCGCACGCUUACGCUCGCGGAGAUGCUGCACCUUCCCAAGCCUGAUUCCCUUCACGUCCCAGAGUGCAUCGGCUACUUGGAUGCCCGUGAUGACUUCGGUGCGGACAUGUACGGUUUCAUCUUCAAGGCAGGGAAGGGGGUGAAGUGGCUGGCUGAUGAAAUCGUUUCCCUCUACAACUUGUUGGGCAACGAGAUGCUUAAGCCGAGUCUGUCGCAACGGGUUGACCUGGCCUUGAAGCUUUGCACCACCGUCCUGAAUCUGCACUCAGUCAACUGGCUGCACAAGGGCAUCUUCAGUGACAACGUCAUCUUCUACUUCCAUUCUUUUGACUGGGAUACCGAGCCCGAAAAAAGAAAGCAGCCGGUUUACGACCCAGGAAAACCUUUACUUUGCGGGUUUGGAUAUUCCCGACCGGAGAACAGCAAAACCACCGCACGCAGUCUCGAUACGGCGUGGGAUCUCUACCGCUGGCCCGCCAUCCAACGCGAGCAUCCAACGGAUCAGAAUUCUCGCAAGACGUAUGACCUGUACAGUCUUGGACUGGUACUGCUUGAGAUCGGACACUGGAAGCCGCUUGAUGAGAUCUUGUGCCUAAAGAAGUUGGAACCUUCCUCAAAUGGGGAUGAUGCAUUCGUUCCGUCGUAUGCCCAUACGCUGCCUGAGAGAAAGCCGCCGUCGGUAUCCCUUCAGGACUCCAAGAACGCGAGGGGUUGGCUGCUUGGUACGGAGUUUUCCGCGCCCUUAUUCAAAGGAAAGGAAUUAAGUCCCCUGAGGGAGCUUCGGAACCUCAUGGGAGACAGGUACUCCAGGGCCGUGGAAAGGUGUCUGUGGGCUCACGGCGAGAAGGGAUUUGGGGUGGAGGACCUCCCCGAUCAGUCGAGGGAUUCGGGGGUUGGGAUCCGGUUGCAGGAGGCGUUCACCAAGUACGUGAUUGAGGAGCUGCAGGGCGUGAAUGUUUGAUGGAUAUGCCCCA